AUGGAUGCGCCAGUGUCAGCAACGCCCGCUGAGUCGCCCCGGGAGGCUGAAGGAAGAGCUCGACGGCCGAGUCUUGCUUCUCAGAAUUCGCAGACGGCCGCGGAGUUUAUCAACGAACAGCUCAGGCUGGAAGCUGAUGCGCGUGAAGCCCUGCCAUAUUCGUUCGAUUCCUGUACUCGACCUCUGGGUGCCCUACGACAAAGCCUCUUUUCUUGCUUGACUUGUAACCCACCGCCUAGCGAUCCGAAAUCCCCGUACACUGCGGCUGGCGUGUGCUACUCCUGUUCCAUAUCCUGUCAUGGUGAACACACCCUCGUAGAGCUGUUCAACAAGCGCAAUUUUGUAUGCGAUUGCGGCUCUACCCGUCUUCCUUCGACAUCUCCAUGUACUCUCCGGACCGACCCGACAAGUGGCGCGAAGUCCGUCCACUCAGAAAAACCAGUCGCGGACAAUAAGUAUAACCAAAAUUUCCGGAAUAAGUUCUGCUGCUGCGGAGAAGUCUACGAUCCCAGCAAAGAAAAGGGAACAAUGUUCCAGUGUCUUGGCUUAGGCACCGUGGAGACGGGUGGCUGUGGCGAAGAUUGGUAUCAUCCGGAAUGUCUCCUUGGCCUUCCCCGGAAUUGGAAUGACAUCUCAAGUAGAAGACCUGAAAACCAGCUCGAAAACGAAAGCGAGCAUGAUGUUACUGCAGAGGCGAAUGAUGGCGACAAUGACCCUCCACUACCACCUGGCUUUCCUGCCGAAGAUGACUUUGAAACCUUCAUUUGCUACAAAUGUGUAGAUUCAAAUUCAUGGUUGAAACGAUAUGCUGGUACCACAGGAUUCCUCCCGCCGGUGUACAAAGAGUCUCAACGCAGCCAAUCUCCAAUGCAGCCAGUUGGCACCAUGGAAACCGAACUCAACCCAGAACAUUGUUCUAAAAAAAGGAAAUUUGAGACUGAUGUUGGAGAGGAUCCUGAAAUCAAGCGCCCAAAGGCCGAGCUUACGGACCAAAAUCCGUCGGAGAACCUUGCGAAAUCCGAUCUCAUCAAACAAAAGCACGACUCCCUCCCCGCCGACUCACCUAGGGGAACAUUCUCUCUCUUCGUCAAGGACGACUUCCGUGAUCACCUCUGCCACUGUGCCGCUUGUUUUCCUUUGUUAAUCCCGCAUCCUCAGCUUCGCGAAGAGGAGGAAACUUAUGAGCCCCCUCUUUCUGAAGCCGACGACGGUGAGCAUCCCGCUCGCAGCGCAGGCAGUCAACACACGGGCAGUUUACUUGACCGUGGAGAGGCAGCAUUGAGCAAUCUAGACCGAGUCCGAGCAAUCGAGGGUGUCAUGGUUUACAAUCACCUAAAGAAUAAAGUGAAGGAGUUUCUGCAGCCGUUUGCAGAGAGCGGCACGCCUGUCGGGGCGGAGGAUAUCAAAGCGUACUUCGAGAAACUGAGAGGUGAUGAGGAAGCUAUCAGAGAGGCUGGCGCAAAGAGAAAUGGCGCAGAUGGAGGCGGCGAAGGCGAUGGAGACUCGCGACGGGAACAAAGUGGAUAUUGA